AGGCUGAAAUCAGAUAUUUACGACUAGUGUUGAAUUGUGGGUAAAACAAGAUGGCUGCGCCCAUGAGCUUCGAAGAAGAGGGUUUUCCAUGUCAUUGUUGCCCUUAUUUUAAUGGCAAGACAUUAAAUAAAUUUUAAGUUUUAAACCCACCUGUCCUCAGAGUCAGUCAUAACGUGACCACCAACAGUAACGCUAUGGAUGACUACGCUGCUUGAGUCCUUGACCUGGUCUUUGCUGAAUUUACUCAACAGCUUCAGGAGAUCUUACGAUUACACAGUGUCAUGGCAAUAUUUCAUCGGUUCCAUUGUUUGAGGGCUGCCUGUCGCUCAGGACUCUAUCAAAGUGCUCAUUACAAACUGACAGCUUCAAAUGUAUGUACUAAAGUUAGGCAUUUGAGCUACAGCCCUUUCAAAAGAGAUUUUUCAAAUGAGAUCCAUAGUACAUGGUGUCGGAGGUCUUUAUCUUCGAACAAUGUGUCAACUAUGAUCAUCAGAUUUCAAAAGAACCAACAGGAAAAUAAUUAUUCCUGUGACUCUGCACAACCCGGAGAAAGUUCUGAUGAACAGCUAAGUCAGGCAAAGAAGGCACGUGGUGAACAAUUGCAUCGAACCACAGACAAUGGUCAAAUCGAGUAUUUCACAAUCUAUCGCUUCCCUUACAUGAAACAUCUGAGAGUGAUCUCUCGCCUGAAGCUUGCCCAGACAAUCUUCACUGUGACUAUCGUCCCGCCAAUUUGCUAUUUCUACUCACUUGGAUACAUCUCGGAGAAUCAGGCAUUUUACUCCGUUACCUUGGCAACAUUUGCACUGAUGAUGCUUUAUGCAAUGAGCAUUUACCUCCGCCGCAUCAUCGGUUUCAUCUAUCUCCACCGAGAUGGAACUAAAAUCAAAGUUGCGCAUUUGACUUUCUGGGGGAAGAGGCAGGAACAGUCUAUUCCUGUUUCGGACGUUGUACCUAUAGGGGAGUCGGGGGACAAGCCAACUGAGAUUAUGUUACUGUUGAGACGUUACAGCUCAACUCAAAAGUUGUAUUUCAGUCUCAAAUAUGGACAGAUGACUGAUCGUGACAAGUUUUGUGAAGUUUUUGGUAACCUUUAGUGGCUCCAUGUAUUUGUUGAAUCAUUGAGUUUUCAUACACACUGAUGUAAAAGUGAAGUCUAUCAAUUUCUUUCCUAUGUGUGUUAAAUUCAUCAACUAUGAUGUACAUGGUUGGGGAAAGUUUGUAUCACAAAAUAAACAAGGACAAAUUUACAAGCAAUUAAAACUGAUUUCCUCCCUUUUUUCCCUUUACCAUAAUAAGCCUUUGAGUUAGUGCAGUUUUAGAGAAAGGAAAUUGUUUAUCCAAAGGUUGGUAUUUUGAGUAGGCUUCAGGUAAGUCUUUUAGCCCUUUAAUAAAAGCACACAAUGCUAGUUACAAGGGUGUUUUUAUGUCAUUCUUUUGUAAUUUCGAUGACCACUUGUGUGUUUGUUUAUUAUAAUUUGUAUGAUCUUCCCAGGUGUC